UUCACGCCAACAACUUCCCGCCAUUUUAUCACUGCAUCUCCACCGGAGUCCACCUCAAUUCCAGGAUUCUUUUUCACCUUUUAUUUUUGUUGCUCAUCUUACCUCUGUGUCUAUCUGAGCAUGUCUCGCAGAACAACAGCAAUGUCGUCGAGCAAUUCUUCGAAUAGCGGUAACCCGACCUCGGGUGAUGGUGGCCAGGAAAAGCAGAAGAUGCUGCUAUCAGCGGAAACAGGACAUUUUAGCAUGAUCAGGGCCCUGCAUCUCGCUGAUUUGGUUACUGAGCUCAAUGGCUUCUGUGGAGUCAUGUCUGUUUUCUCGUCCAUGCGAUACUGUUUAGGAGAGCCGACUGAUUACGGCAACAUUUGGGCCGCUCUUGCUUUCAUGCCUUUUGGAUUGUUUUUUGACUUCAUGGAUGGAAAGAUUGCAAGGUGGAGGAAGAGGUCGUCUUUGAUGGGACAGGAGCUUGACUCGUUGGCUGAUCUGAUCUCCUUUGGCCUUGCACCCGCUGCCGCAGCAUUCGCACUCGGAGCUCGCACUCCGGCCGACCACUUGCUCCUGACUUUCUUUGUGCUUUGCGGGUUGACACGCUUGGCUCGGUUCAACGUGACCGUCGCAGUGCUGCCCAAGGACAAGACUGGCAAGUCGAAGUAUUUCGAAGGCACACCGAUUCCGACGACGCUGUCUAUCGCUUCGCUUAUGGCAUACUGGGUUUCGCAGGGUUGGGUACUCGAGGAUCUUCCCUUGGGUGUUGUUGCGCAGGGCACGCCCUUCGAGUUCCAUCCUAUUGUGUUGCUUUUUGUCGUGCAUGGUUGCAUGAUGGUCAGCAAGACAAUACACAUUCCCAAGCCAUAAUUGGUUGGGAUGCUUGCCCGGUUCAGAUUCUCCCGUUGUCGGCUGGAAGAUGUUGAAUUAUACAGAAGGGAACCUGAACACGAAAGGAUACAAAAAGUGGACACGACAAAUCUAUAUUGGAAAUAACGCAAUUUAUGGAAUACAUUGAAUGCAUCAACUGCAUCGUUGCAUCAACUGCAUAUAUACGAAGAGAUGAUUACAUCGGAGCUCAUGAACGACCGAGUAGAGACCGCACGUUUGGUAACACAAUUCAUUUCUAGCCCAUGUGGUCCUAUGAAUAGCAGCGCCGAGAUGACUUUCAACUACUGGUUCGGAUACUGAUUGAUUGUAUAUAUAAAAGUACAUUCACGUAUCAAUACAUCUAUCACUCGUUUGGAU